GGUCCAAUAUGACAGUUAUGAGGCAACAAUGUUGCUGUUUGAUCAUGUAAAUAGGAUGUUGUGAAACUACGCUAACGAUUUCAAAUGUAGCCACUGAAUUAUUUUGUGUCUUGCUUCUGCAUAGACUGAAGAAGGCAUGUCAAGACAAUCUUCGGUGGAAUCCUUAGUGCCGAUCUUCCAAAGAAGUGUCACUGCUUGCAGCCAACUGGAACAAUAUUGAGACAUCUUUCCAACCUCAUUGGCAUAUUAAGAACUGGUAACUUUGUGACAGUGUUAAUGCGCUGAUGUCUGUCCAACAGCAUAGCAGAAGUGUGUUGAACAGUCUACACCGCAGAAUUGUGAGUCAGUGACCGUAUGGACCCGGCGCAAAAAUGCUGCAACUCGGAGACGAAAUCGCCCUAUUAUCUGUGGUGUUCGCGUUCGUUCUCCUCGGAACACGUAGCACGAUAUGGUCCACCGCCCUCACCGCCUGCCUCUAUGCCUUUCUGAUCAUGUUCCGUUUUCCCCAAGUCCCGACCAGCCAGGCGAGACAGGUGCUUCGGCCCGCUAAGAACGCUGCUUCGGGUGGGGUGUCCCUAGUCGCUCACCGGGGUGGAGGGCAUGAUGCGCCGGAGAAUACCAUGGCUGCCAUCCGGGAGGCCCAUAAGAACGGGGCGACCGGCGUAGAGCUGGACUUGGAGUUCACAUCAGAUGGAGUCCCUGUUCUGAUGCACGAUGAGACUGUAGACCGAACCACCAACGGGUCGGGACCCCUCACACAGCUAAGCUUCUCUGAGCUGAGUAAACUGGACGCAGCCGCUAAGCACCGACUCAGUGACAAGUUCCAGGAAGAGAAGGUCCCCACUCUGCAGGAGGCUGUGGAGGAAUGCAUCAAACUGCAGCUCACCAUCUACUUUGAUGUCAAAGGUCACCCAGAUGAGGCAGCGGCAGCCCUAAAGGAGAUGUAUCAGAAACACCCUGUGCUUUACAACACCAGCAUCGUCUGUUCCUUUGAGCCCAAAGUCAUCUACAGGAUGCGUCAGGCUGACCCGGAAGUGGUGACGGCGCUGACCCACCGGCCAUGGAGCCUUAGUCGGUUGGGUGACGGCACGCCGCGCUUCUCGUCGCUAUGGAAACACCACUGGAUGCAGGUGCUAGACGUGAUAGUGGACUGGGCCCACCACCACCUGCUCUGGAACCUCUGUGGCGUCUCUGCCUUCCUGGUGCAGAAGAACUUCAUAUCACUGGACUAUGUCCAGUACUGGGCCCAGAGAGGGGUUGAGGUGGUGGGCUGGACAGUCAACACAGCUGAGGAGAAACAAUACUACCAGGAGAUACUCAACGUCAACUACAUCACUGACAGCCUACUGGAGGACUGUGAUCCUCACUACUGAACACAGUGGAUGGACAUCACACACACACACACACACACUAACCCUGUGUUACUUAUCUUACUGUGUAUUGUAUGCCCGAGACACAUGAUACAAAUAUUCAGUACAAUACAAUAGCCUUCAAAUUACAGGGAGACUUCAUUUAGUGAACAACAUGUCUCCAUGUUCACCUAUGUACUGUAAUAACCAACUCAGGAGUGUACCUACUGCACAGUUACAUUUUAGUCAUUUAGCAGACGCUCUAAUCUAGAGAGAUUAGGGAAUUGAACCCACAACCCUGGUGUUGCAAGCCGCCAUGCUCUACCAACUGAGCCACACGGGACAACAGCUCGUACAUAUGUCAUAUUUUGAAUCCAUGACCGUUCCAAGUAUCAAGGAUCUGUGGAAAUAUGAACACUUCAUUCUCACACAGUGCAAUAAUGGGCUUUUAUGAAGGGAUAGUCUAACUGAAACAAGGAAAAGUCUUUGGGCAUCCAACCAGCCUUCCAAUGAAAUACUAACCUAAUAAGACGCAUUAACUUGAGUGAAAUAAUCUUAUAGGAAUGGAAAAAUAAACAAGGAUAGUAUGGAUGAAG